AUGCAGCAACUGUUGUUCGCGGUCGUCCUGUUGGAAGUCGUUGUGAUAAUCGCGUUUUCAUUCAAAACGCCGAUUAGGAAGCUAUUGAUCAUGGGGCUAGAUCGAUCGAAGCGUGGUCGUGGUCCGAUGGUGGUCAAAACUGUGUCGGUGACGGUUUUUGUGGUUUUGGUGUCGAGCGUUUACAGUAUGGUGAAGAUCCAGAAGCGUUGGAUCGUCGAAGGUUCGGUGAAUCCAACAGAUGAAGUUAUUAUGGCGAAACAUCUCCUUGAAUCGACUCUUAUGGGUGGUGUUCUUUUUCUUGGACUAAUGAUAGACAGGUUGCAUCAGUACAUGAGAGAGUUACGGGUACGAAGGAAGAGCAUGGAAGCUAUAAAGAAGCAAGGACAGGGUUUUGAAAGUGGAAAGGUUGGAGCUUCAGAUGAAGUUAAAAAGCUGGAAGAUGAAAUUAAGGCACUAUUGGAAAAGGAAAAACAUUUAAAGUCUGAACUUGAAACAAUGUCUAAAGAAGUUCGGAGUGAGGAAUCGAAUUCGGUUGCUCUGCAGAAGCAAUCUGAAGGGUUUCUUAUUGAGUUUAACCGGUUGCUCGAGGAAAAUCAAAAACUACGAAAUCAGUUGCACAGUUUGGAUAUGAAAAUAUCAGGCUCAAGCAUCAAGAAGAAUACUUGA